UUUCUAAAGAUGUAGUCGGCCGUGGAAGACGUGUAGACGUUUAGACAUUCAUAUCAAGCACAGUGUGUAUUUUUCGGCUUCCAGUCAUAAAGCUGGUUAUGCAGAGUAAUUUACCUUUGGUUUUUGGUGGUAGUCAGUUGAGAUGCUGAGUCAUCUAAUCAAGUUUGCGGUAGAGGGUGCUGCGGUGUUCGAUUCUGUGAUUCCCAGUUCCUUUUACUUGGACAGUGAAGAUGACCCCAGCGAAAGCGAGGAAGUUUUGUUCUGUAAAAACAAUGUUUGCGUCCAUUCUUCCUCUUUAAGUGAAUCUCAUUCUCCAGGAUACUUUACUUUGAAAUCCAUCACCCAUCAAAGUGGACUUGUCCGCUUGUUGGUUGCAUGGACACCCAAUGCUUACUUUUUUGAUGAACAACCGGAAACAACUGAUCAUCAGAUAAUGGAUGUUCGAGAGACGGAGGAACCACAAAUUUCCAAUAUUUCUAGAAGCACAGAGAAGUUCAGUGUAGAUCUCAGCGAAAUGAAAAGUGUCAGGUUAUUUAAUAAACAAGAAGAUGACUCCUGUGGUGAAUUGGUGAUCGGGAACUACGAGAACCACUACAAGGUAUUUCACUUUCAUCAUGGUGGACUUGAUCGCAUCACUCAGGUUUUGCAGCUUUGGGAUUGGUGUGCAAGGGACAUAAAUCCUCUUGACGAGGAUGAUCUUCGAAAGAAAAGUUUUACCGUGGUUUCGAAAAGAAGUCUUAUAGAAGGCUUCCAUCCGGAAGAAGGAAGAUUUGACCCGAUGACCGUCCUAACAUGGAAACAAUUAUUUGAUGAUCGUGGUCGAAUUGAAGACGUGAUGAAUUUUCGUAAGGUAAGCUCCAUUACUAUUUAAAUUUACACAGAAAGAAAACAUGGGAGCAAAUAUGGGAGCACAAUAAGCAGUGCACACUCCGUCAGCCGUUUGUAGGUUCUGUUAGAAUGCGUUUGAACGCAUUUUUGUGCGGCUUAAUACACGAAUCGUGUAACCCCGCAGUGCCGUGGAAUGCCCCGAUAGAUAUCCGGAUUUCUGUCGAGAAUUCGUUCCGAGGGCCCCUUGUUUUCCUCUCGUUACUUUGUGGCAAAGUUUUACAAUUACUUUUGCCGAAAUAUUAGUUUCAUCUUAGUGACUAGGAGUUACCAAAGAUUAUUUGGGAGCGUUCGAUUCGUUAAAGUACAGCUAAUUUCCUUCAACUUCGUUGUUCUUCUUGACCGAAUCUGACGAAUUUUUACCCCUGCGUCAAUGCAUGUUUGGGGCUCAUGUUUGCACCUCUACUGAUAUAAUGUAAAGAUGAAGCCCAUUGUGAAAUAUUUUCCUGCGGUAUUUCCUUGUUUUAUUGCUUGCAAGUAGAGCUCUUCGUUAUUAUACCUGCACUUGAUCAGACUGCAGUCCAGGUUAUGUUGCGUGACAGCUUCAGAUAACAAACGUGGAGUGGUACUAAACUGUGGAAUCUCUGUACCCAGCAGAACAUGUAGAACCUGCAGAACCAUUAGUUUUUUGUAAAAGAAAUAAUAAUGAAAUAAGAUAAAAGCUAAAAAUAUCUUAACACUAUUUGAAUGCAAAGAUGGGAAACUAGGAAAUCACUGAAUGACGUUGCAACAGUACCCAUUAUGAACGAAUUACAGUCAUUUCACCCCCAGUCACUUUGCUCUAACCAAACGUCAGUUCACUCCAUAAUGGAAGUCACUUUGCUCCAUACAAUAGUUAUUUCACUCCAGUGCACAUAGUCAUUGUGCAAGGGAAGUAGAUGUGACAAGAAAAGAACAAUACAGUCUUAAUUAAUAAAGUUGAACUGGAAAACUGAAAGCAGUUUAAGGCAUCAUGUUGCAAGUUCACUAAUCUAAGAGUAAUAAAAAAUCUUUUAAGGACCUUUUUGAGACAUAAAUAGUUGAGGUUAAGGUCUGAUUCUGAAUUUUCAAAUAAAUGAGUCUUUGAAAGACUUAGUCAGUGCAUUGUGCCAAAAAAAAAAUCUCAUCUUGAAUUAACAUAAGUUCACACAUUACGUGUUGGAAUACAUGGCAAUAAACUGACAACAAUACAAUCUUUAUUAACAGAAGUCUUGUGCAACUGCAUAAGCAUUAAAUCAAACAAAGAUAUUAAGACUCAAUAGCUCCUUAACUAUGUCAAGAUCAAAUAUAACUGGAGAAGUUUUACAGGUGGUUGAAACUUUAUAGGGUAGAAGCUGUAGAUGGUUUACAAAGUUUUUUUAAAUGCAAUUGGCCGUCAAUCAAUCAAGAGACUUUGUUUGACUUUGUUGCUAUGUAAGUGCUACAAGUGCUACAACACACGUAAUCAAAAAAAGAUAUUUAGACUCAAUUGCUCUUUAACUACACCCAGAUCUCAGUCACUUUUUAAGUCCUUGGAUGAAUUACCCCUUGAACUACGCACAUGUUUAAAAAAGAGUUUUUUACAUAUAGUUCAUACUCUACAGGGUUACAGGUAUUGAAAUUCAAUUGACCAUUGAUCAAUGAUGGCAUGGUGUGGGGGACAGAGAGAGAUAAGAGUGAGUGAAACAAGCAAUUACAAACGUCAUCAAGAUCAUAUAACAUCAGUUAGGCAAAUGCAAUCUUGUAUGCAUAUAUACACUUGACUUGUAACAUGGAGCAAAGUAACUUUUUUAUGGAGUGAAGUGACUUCAAUUAUAGAGUGAACUGACUUUUGGUUGAAAUGAACUGACUGGGGUUGAAAUGACCAUGGGGUGAAGUGACCAGAUACCUUAUGAACCCUGGUUAAUUUUAGUAACAGCUACUUUAUGCAUACUGACAGGUGACACAUAUGAAACCAUUGGCUGCCUAUUUUUGUGUUAUGCAAAAACACACUUUUGUUGGCACCCUGAAAUGUUAGGAGAAAAUUUUCUGAUAAAUCUUAAUUGAUGGAUACACCAACAAUCAUAACACAAUUGAGUUUGCUGUAUGUCCGCAGCGUCCUUACAUAUCUUCAAGAAAUUUAUUAAUUCUAGAUGCAAAUAUAGAUAUUUGUAAUAAUCCCAGAAAAGCUGUUCAGGUUCUAGUUAAAAAAUUAUAUUGGAUUCUUUAGUAUUUGAACACGGCAAUAGUUAAUAUUAAAAGUAUAACAACAAAUCAAUAAAUGAUCUAUACAGGUCGUAGGCUACACAUGUAUGCAUCACAGAACCAUUUUUGGGUUGUUUGCCCGAGGGCUGAAAAGGAAGAAGAAUCUCUCUGCUCUCUUUGAGCUACCCCAUUGUAGACAUACUACAUUAGCCCAUUUAUAACUUAAAAGGUGGAAUUACCAAAAGCUGAAUUUGGCUCAGACUAUUUGAUAGUGUUUAAAGAUGGGGUACAUACAACAUUUCAGACAGAAAUACAAUAAAAGGUUCUGAUAUGGGUCAUUUUCUCAACUGUUGGGUGUUACCAGAAGAAUCAGUUGCCUAGGGCUCAGCUAUUAUUGUGAAAUAAUCCAUUUGACACUUUCUUUUGGUGAAUAAUUGGUAAAUAUUGUGUUAUUUUUACAUAUAAUAGGCAGCAUUUUUUGGUGGACUGAGUCCUGAGGUUAGAAGAGAAGCCUGGAAAUUCCUCCUACAUUACCUUCCUUUUGGUUCAUCAAGCCAACAAAGAGAAGAAAUACGGAAUGACAAGAAAAGAGAAUACUUGAAUAUUCAAGGCACUAGGUAGGAAUAUAUUUAAAAAGAUAUUAAGAAUUUAUCUCAAACUAAUGUUUCCUCGCAGGAAAACAUAUGGUAGUAUUGUAUGCUAUACCACUAGUGCACAUUGUAAUAUAAUUAACACUGUAACAUUAUUGAGCAAAAAUGAAAGACAGUAAUUUAUCUUGUUCCUCCUUAACUUUUGUUGCCAAGAAAUAUACCAAUUUAUCCCAGCUCUGUCAUCUCACUUCUAUGGCCUCUGCUUGGCCAAAAAUUUCAAGGUGACAUUGUAGCAUUGAAAUAGAUCACUCAGUAAGUCCAAACAUUCACCUUUGAGACAGCCUACUACUGGCACUGCAAAGCUUUAACUUUUGUUACUUAAUUUUUGCUCAAUAAUGAAAAAAAUUAAAAAUUGAGGUGUGUGGCUCAACACUUAUGGAUAUGAUAAACCUUAAAGGGCUAUUUUUUUAAAAAAAAAUUAUAUUUCUUCAUGUCAAACUAAGCGUAAUUAUUUUGAAUAUAGUUUCCAAGAAAAAUUUUGAUAAAAUAUUGAAAUACUCACAGUCGUUUACAAAAAGGUAUUUUUAAACUGAAUCCUUUUGCCCACCAAAGUGUGAAUAGUCAAUUGCAACAUGUCAAUGUAAAUGACACUCAGUGGGUUUCUUGAGGCAAAACAUCCUGGUUGUUUAAUCUCAGUUGUGUAAACAUCCCCUCCCUUUUUUUGCACAUGGAGAUCUUUGCUGUCUGUUUGCAUUUAAAACUAGAAUAUGAGUGGAGAAAGAUAAAAAGGAGAAGAGUCAAUAGGUGAAAGUAAAAGAGAUGCCUGACUGUUAGCACAAGAAGUAAAGAAAUUUGAUGCGGGAUGGCAAGAUAAUCUCACCAAAAUGGCAGUAGAAUGGGGUUCUUUGGGUUCACAGGCAGAAGUGCAUAGUUCAGUCUCCCCUUGCACCUGAGAACACCUUCAUCUAAGAACAAUCCAAACUGAGUAACAUACAUUGGAGGGGUAGCAGUGAUCUUUAUGCAGAAGAAAUGCAAUUUCCUUGAAGGAGGAUGACCCUUGGACUGAUCGGAUCUAACAGUGUUCAGCUUCCCUUUAAUUCUGCUGCACUUAAUCUCACUCUUUCCAUCUUAGCAAUUUUUACCUUGGCAACUUUAUUCCAAUUCAAGAGCAUUUACACAAAGGAAUUUUGUUAGGAGGUGAAAUCUGUUGAUAUCAAUGAUCUGGUCAAUCCUUUUCUCUGAAGAACUGGCUGAAGUAUCCACAAAGGAGUGAACAGUAGCUGGUGGUUUGUCAACAACUUCUUUGAGUGUGGCUUCAUCUUCACAAUGGGUCAUUCCAUUCUUGGGCCAUGUGGUAUCCAGAAGGUACAGAACAGGAAUUGCAGGCCAUUCCACCAUUUUUGCUUCACAUGAGGGCAAAUCAGCAUGAUUUUGAUGACCUGGACAGUGUUGCCAUGCUUGUGUAGAAGUUUAAAGUAGUGAAUCUCAUUAUCUCUGUGUUGCAUUUACUGUUCCCAAACCCGUUGAUUUUCAUCCAGCAUGAUGUUGUCAUCGAGUCAUUCCAAUAAAAGGUUUUGUGAAUUUCUUCAACUGAUGCCUUGAAUUUGUCCAGUUGAUCUUGCCAAUGCAAAGUUCUUAAAAUAGAAUCAAGGGUUCAUCAUUUCUGCUCCAGAAAGCAAAUGGUCAACUUAAUAUGAUCUUGAGCAGCACUGCCAUUUCCGGUUUUGGUUUGUACAAACAUAAAUGAUAAGCAAUUGUUGCUUGGAGUAUCAAUAUUAGCUGUACUGCUUGAUUCUUUAUCAUAAACCCUUUCAGUGAUUCUGGUCUGCUCUUGUUCGAACAAUUUUGUCAUAGUUCCUUAGUAAAUCUGGCUCCUCUUUCAACUUGAAAUGCAAUGAUGACAGUCAGUUUUUCUCAGUUGGUAACUAUUCCAUGGUUAUUCAACCUCUUAGUUGCAACUAAGUGGAUUUCUGGCCUUUGUUUAUCAGGAUGUAUUGAUUGAUCCUCUGGAAUUAUUCUGACACUCUCUGACUCCCAGAAUUUCUUCAAGCUCCCAACCAAUUUGUCAUCUUGCUCCCCAAACAUUGAAUGGCAUUCACCAGAAAUAAUCAGGUUGGAGGAAACAGCACUGUUAGAUGAUUGAUCAUACAUUGGUCUGGACAACUACCAUCCAAAUUUGCUGUAAACUGCAGUCAAACCCUGAUCAUGUAAGGUGUAAUCUCCCAUCACAAAGUCCCAGUGGCCGUCGGAGCCCAUUGAAAUGUUAAUAGAAUCCAAAUUCAGGCCUUCUGAAUGGACAUAGUCACCUACAUUGCCCUUGCUUGGUUAGGGAGAACAGAUUGCUGUGAAGUUCACUACAUACAGUUCCAAUUUUUCAUGAUUUCCUGUUGUAAAUACAGUUUUAUGACAUUGCAUUCCUGUUUCUUGUUCCCAAAGGUGUUACUGCACAGUUUUUCUGAAUUGAGAGGCUUUAAAUUAAGACAAGGUUACACUUGAUGAGACAUACAAUUGUUGACUUCCAUUGUUGAAAAGCACACAUGCAGGAAUUGAAUUGGGUCAUUUACAACUUGUUGUUUGAAGAAGCACAGUUCCCCUUGGCAUAGACUUUGCAGGCAUUCCUGUUGAGUGGUGGUUUCCAUUCUUGUGCUUAUGGAUUGAGGAUGUUUUCCAUCCCAGUGUUGGUAUCUCUUUGUUUAGGAGCAAUUCUUUGCAUCAUGGCCAGUUUUGAGGUAAAUAAAACAUUUAUUAUCCCUCUGAAGAAUGCUUCUUCAAUUGUGGGAUUGUCAAAGCUCCAUACAGGAGGCUGGGUAAUGCUUCCCAUUGCAAUAAACACAUCAAAAUUAGAAUUCUUUGCUUUCCAUUGUAAAUAGUGUGUUGCCUGUACGAAUCGAUCAUGAGGAAUUCAAACCAGGGUUUGGCAGUUUUCAUUCUUAGACUUGUUAUGUUUGACAGCCUUACUUUCUUUGUGCACUUCAUUUUCUCCUUUGAUUGAGUCCAACAGCUCAUCCAUUUUCCAUAUCUCAUCUCUUGAUUCCAGUUGUAUUUUGUUUAUGACAUGAUUGGAAUAAACAAUUUGCCAUACUCCUGCAAGAGAAAAUAGUCCUCACACAUGUGUGCUUAAUUUAUCCUAGAGCAAUCAUAGAGACGAUGGACAAUCAGUUAACGAGGGCUGCAAUUUUAGGAUUUCUUCCAUGUGUGCAGAGAUGAUCUUUUGAUUCUUGCCAAAACAUUGCUUGAGUAUUUCCACCUGAGAAUCAUAGUUGUUACUUGAUAAAGCAGGUUCUUGAAUGGCUCAGUUGGUGGCACCUUCUUAAAGCAAUCUCAAAUUGUCAAAUCUUGUAUGAGUCUUAAAAACCCAUUCAGGUUGUUAUGUCACCAUGAAAUUUUGGGAGCACCAGUUUCGGUAAUAUUGUCUGGACUUGAAUCGUAGGAAGGGCUGGUGGCAUGCCUCUUGGCAGGGCUUGAAUUGAUCCAGGGAGUGGGUUACUUUCCUGCAUUUCCUGAACAGGUCAAAUCCCAAUACUUUCCAGGGUAAUCUUGGGGUCAUUGCAUCCUACAUCAUGUGGAUGUAAUGACUCUCUUUACUGGAAAUUGCUGAAGGCAUUACAUAUUGAACACGAUUUAACUUUGAUCUAAGCUGUCACUGAGGCUUUUGCUUUCUCCCAUGUGGGCUCCAUGAAUUUCAUUUAACACUUCUGCCCUUAAAGGUCUUGGCACAAGAACUUUGUCAGCUGUGAAAAGCAGUCUAUCCUCGACACUUAGCUCUUCUUUAAGACUUCAGUACUCUCUGGCAAGCUCAUCAACCUGGUCUCUCUCAGAGAGCCAUCCUUUCAAGACAUACUCUAUCACAACUCUUGAAGACUCAUCCAUACUUGGAAUCUCCUUAACUUUCUUCAGCGUGCUGUUUUCAAAUCAAAGUUCUUCAACACGAUUCACUCCAGUCACAUCUUUAGGGCCACCAACUGGUUCAGCAUCACUGAGAGGUGCUCUGUGUAGACAAUCUGAGAUGACCUGUUGUUUUCCAGGAGUAAACUGAACAUCAAGAUCAUACUUAGUAAGUUUCAAUAGCAUCCUUUAUAGUCUGGGAGGAGCAUCAGUCAGCGACUUCUGGAAGAUUGAUUCCAAUGGUUUAUGAUCAGUUUCCACAAUUACUUUGCACCUAUACACAUAUGUGUGAAAUUUCUGUGCUCCCCACACAAUUGUGAGCAGUCUCACUCAAUAUUUGCAUAUCUUCUCUCCCAGGUGGUUAGUGUCUUAGAUCCAAAUGCAACUGGUUUACCUUCCUGUAUGAUCAUUGCACCAAGUCCUGUGCCACUUGCAUCUACAUUCAUCACUGUUUCCCUGUUGUUGUCAAAGUAAGCUAGGGCAGGUACGCUGGUGAUGAUGGACUUUAGAUUGUCAAAGGCAUCUUGUUGGGGUUUCUCCCAAACAAAUGCUGCAUAUUUUUGGGUAAGAGUAGCCAUUUAGUUAUGGUGUUGUAAGUAAGUCCACAACCUCUUUGACAAGUCUGCUGGCUAAUGUAGAAGGCUUUCACAUGUUAUGUUUCUUUAUGGGGCUCAACUAAUUGCAGAAAAUUGGUGAAAAAUUUCACAGUCGGUCAAGAGACAGUGCUUAUUUUACCGGCAGCUGAGAUCAAUAACAUACCGUCUUACAUUUCAGCAUUUAUAAGCCUUCUCUGUAAACCUUUUCUAAACCCAAAUUUGAUUAUUUUUACCUUUUUAUUAUUUACCUCCGAUUAACUAAGGUAAAUAAUAUUUUCAAGAACUAAUUAACUUUCUAACUUUAGUUUGAUUGAAGAUUUGAGGCUGACUGAAAGUAGUGUCUAGACUCUACUGCAACUUCAUAAUGUUUUUCAGACUAGUAUUGUCGUAAGAACUUUUACCCAUUGUGCAUUCAAUAACCAUAAAAUAUAAACAACUCUAUAUUAGGAAUUAAAUGAUGAUUGACUGGUGUCCUGCUCUAAUAAACCCCAGCUCUCCGACAUACAUAAUUGCUUGUAGGUAAUAAGCUUCUGGCCAAGAUGGUCAUCUUUUUUGUCAGAUUGUACAUUUCCAGGUGAUACACCCUGGAUAGUACACAGAAGAUCAUAACCACAGUAUUGUGACCAUGAAAUAUGAUGCCAUAUGACUGCCACUUUCAUUAAGAGGCUCUGUGGUGAUUACAUUGUGAGAAACUGGCACCAAAGAAAGUUACUAAUAAGCAACAUUUUGGUGUGAUCUAAGAAGAUAGAACUAAAUUACUGAUCUGAAUUAAUCAUUAUAGUAGUAUGGUAUGUUCUCUUAAAACAUAAUCAAAUGUAAAAAUCAAAAUUAAAAAUUCUCAGUUAGUCCUAAGGUAGAUGGUUAGAUAGUUUAUUGAAAUAUCAUAUUGCAGCCAAAAGCUGAAUUACUCUAUAUUUUACAAUAAAUACAGAAAAUGAAUAAAAUUACUAUAGUGCAAGUUAUGUUCAAAGGGAGUUGACAAAACUACUACCGGUAAGCUUAGAAUCAAUAGAAUUAUGUACCCAUAUUUACUCUAGGCUGUUGUUUGCUAAUCUACACAUUGCAGGGAUGAACAAGUGCUGGAAAUGGUUGGCGCACACCUGGGGAAGGUCAUACCCUCUUUUUUUCUUAAGAUUGUAGGGAUUCUCAUGUUUAGGAGGAAGUAAGAAUGAAAGUUUGUGAUCAACUGAGGAAAUUAUUACAUUAUACAACUUGGUGCACUGUUCAUUGCAAAUUUAGGUGAAUAGUUGAAGCUUUGAUGUGUAACCUUGCAUACUCUCCACCAGGGACCAGUUGAUUUUACAAAGGUAGCGACCAAGUUCAAUUUUUCUGCUUGGGUGUGUAUAGUGGCACACAGAUUGCUAAGUCUUUGGUUUGUGCAGUCAGAGUUGGGGAUGGAUCUCAUUGGUGGCAUGGUCUGAGAGGCCGAAGGUAGGGUGUUUGAUGGGGGUCUUGUAGAAGUCCUUCAUUUUGGUGAAGAUGGGGUCAUGUUGGUGAUGAUCAAUUACUACCCAUUCAAAAUUUGACAAUCUGCUUGAGUUGGAAGGCAUUACAAAAGCAAGACAUGUCAAGCCUUUUUAAUUGUGAGCUAUUAGAAUCCUGCAGUUUGGGAAGGAGAUUCAAUGGCCAACAUGGAGUUGAAGAAGUAGUUCAGCAUGUCUGAGUCUUUUGCGCCUUUGUUGGUCUGUGGAUGGUAAACAUUGGCAAUAAUAAUGCAAGACAAUCCCUUGGGGAGUUGCAGGGGACAUAGCUUCAGCCAAAUUACUUCAAACUUUUUGUCAAUAAUAUCAGCCAGUACUUGAAAACUGAUGGAGUUUUUGAUGUAUAUGCAUAUGCCCCCAUGAGUGUCAUAAUGCCUAUCAAGGUGGACAAAGUUGUAACCCGAAAUAGAGACAAUAUUGUCUUGAAUAUGACUUUGCAGCCAAGUUUCGGUAAUAAGUGCUAGGUCUAAAUUAGCUUAAUGAUAGAUUCCUUUACUUUGUCAAUCUUUGGACAACAACAUAGAUGGAAAAAAAAUUUGAGGUCUGACUGAUACAUUUUACAUUGUAGGUGAGAUCCUUACACAGUUGGAUGGGUUGUGGGUAUGAUGUGAUUUUUGGUAAUUGCAGUGUUCUAGCUGUUGUUCAUCUGAGGUGAUAAAUUGAAUAUUUUACUGCUCUGCUCUGUUCAAGAUGUUCUGUGGAGGUGGUUGUUUCCUCUUGUAAUUGGUAGGAGUGACUUUCUUGGAAGAUUUCAUGUGGCUACUUCUUAUCUGUUGUCCACUGCAUUGCCCUCUUCUUUGAGAUAGCAGGUUCAUCAAGGCGAGUUUCUCCCACGCAUACCUUGGUGGAAGCCAUUGUGAUGAACCAUGACUGUCCUUUGAAACCCUGUUCAAGAACUUAAUAGAUUUACGCAGGGAUAACAGAGUAAUUCUUGAAUAAACUAGUGUAGUUGGAAAAUCUUCCUCUGAAAACAGCUUUCAUGAAGCAAAAGCCUUUAAAUUUGAUGUUCUCUUUAUUCUUGCUAAAUCUAUGCUUAAUUUACCGUAAGAAUGGAAGAAAGUAUUUGGGACUUGAGCUUAGAGUUCACUUUUUCCAUGAUAUGGGAUCCACUUGAUACAGGGUCCAAUAUAUUUUAUUCAUUGGAAGUCUGAAACUUUUUAACUUUUUCAAAAGAUUGCAGCCACCUAACCACACAGCUUUAGUUGAAAUUUUGCAUGAAGGCUGAUUUAAGGGUCGUAAUUACGAAAUGGGUAUUUAGAAGUUCCAGUUGCUUUUGCUUGUUAAAAAAUUGAUAAAACUGGCCUAGUCUGCCCAUACUUACCCACCAACAUGGUAUAUCAAAGGUGUUCUUAGUACCUCAACUUGCAUCCUCUCAUAGAGAUUUCUUAACAUCUCUUAAAAUAAAUGUAGAGAUCUACCUUUUUCUUUAAAUUUAUUAGAAAAAUGAGGUAAAGGACAAAUAUGAUGUAAAGUUAUCUGAAUGUUUGAGGGUCUUUUUGUGCCACCUUGAACAGUGUAAAUUUACCCCAACUUUAAGCCUGAUAUCUCCAAUUUUACCUCCAUUCAGAAGUUGCCAUUUACUUUGUACAAUGUUUGUUUAUGGAUGAAUUGAUGCCAUUAAUACAAAAACGGGAGAAAUUUAUAGGUCAAACAAGAAAAGUUGUCAAUCCAUAGUGACUGAGCAGUAUUUGGGACCAGCAUUGGGAAACUUCCUGAACAAAAAUCUACUUAAACUAUGUUCUUCUGAUUAGUAAAUUUAUUUAGAAGCUCUUAGGACCAGGCCCCAAACAUAGCUUGGUCCUUAUUGGUUGAUACAUUUUUUUCCUUGACAGUUUUCUUUUCCUUCAUUUUUUUAUUUAUGAACUCUGUUCAUCUAUGAACAAAUGUUGUUUGUGGUGAAUGGUAUCUUCUUAAUCAAGGUAACACUGAAGUUAUUAGUUAACUAAUUUUGGUAAAUUUUUCUUUGUAAAAGGUGGCCUGAGGCAACCUUAGAAUUUUGGGAUCAUAUUUUGUUCAAACCAGAUAUUUUCCAUAUUUGUUUCAAUAAAUGCUAAGAGGAAGAAAGGAUCAUUUUAUGAGAAUCAUGAGAUUUUAUGAAAUCUUUACAAUGGGACUGGAGGUGAAGUCAAAAUAUCACCUUGGAUCCACCAUAUUGGCAGGCAAGUAUGGCAGACCAAGUGAGCUUUCCCAUUUUUUUUCGCAAAGAAAAAAUAACUGGAACUUUGUAAUAUUUAUUUUGUGAUUAGGACCCUAAAACAAGAUUUCAAUUUCAGUGAAAUCUGUGGAAUGAAGUGGCUGACAAAAGUUUGACAGUUACAGACUAUAUUACUUAAAUAAGAAAGUGGCUAUGAUUCUUUUCAUUAUAGAAUUGAGAAGAACCAAGACGAAAAACACAAAUUCUGGAAGACUGUUGAAUGCAUUGUUGACAAAGAUGUCAUCCGCACAGAUAGAUCCCAUCCAUACUUUGCUGGCAAUGAUAAUCCAAAUGUUACCAUUAUGAGGUAUUAAAAAUAUCUGUCCAAAUAACACAGAUGUAAUACAUUAGUUUGGGGACAGGAUGGCAUGCUAAAGUUAAUAAAUAGAUAGAAUGAUGAUUAUCAUAGACUACCAGUCAGUUGCAUGUGUCCAAAAACUUUGGUGAAAAUAUUUGAUGUUUGGGCACCUUGUUGCACUCUUGAAGUUACACGCAUGAAAACUAGCCUGCUUAUGGUGCACCUCUUAUCCCUUUACAAAUGAAGAGUUGGUGCGGCUACCUUAAAGACGCCAUAGAGCUUGAAAUGUCUUUUUUUGUUUUUCCUUUAUGCAAUAUUUAUUGAGCUUUGUCCUUGAUAAUGAUGCCUAACAAAAUCCAUCAAACAGCUGGUUAGUUUUGGUGUCUCAUUGGAAAGCUUGACAUUUGUGAAGCAUAAGAGCUCAGUAUUUUCACUAGCUAGUGAUGAACAUGUAUUAUUUUCAAUUUCAAAUCCUUUUUCAAAUAGCUAUCUGCAUGCAGUUUUACCAAAUUUUAGUAUGUUGACUAAGCAGAAGCGCUAUGCUCAAUACAUUGUACAUGUAAUGGAAAAUCACCAUUAACUGAGAUUGGUUCAAUUGAGUCUAUUUUCAUGUCAUUUAUUUCUACUACAGGAACAUACUCUUAAAUUAUGCAACACAUAAUCCUCAGGUUGGAUACAAUCAAGGUAUGUCAGACCUACUAGCAACUGUUCUGGCAGUGGUUCAAGAUGAGGUUGAUGCAUUCUGGUGCUUUGUUGGUUUGAUGGAGAGGAGUGUGUUUGUGACAUCACCCAAAGAUGAUAUUAUGGACAGCCAACUGGUAAGUGGAAUAACUUAAAAUUAACUUCAAAUUUGUCCAUUGAGAAAAAUUGGCAUACCAAUCAUUUUUAAUUCUGUGCAAUUUUUUGACAGAAUUUAGAUUAGUUAAGGUAAUGUGUUGGAUUGCCUUCGUAGGCUGAGCUUUAAGACUCUGACAAACUGAACCAGUGGCAUAUUGAUACAAUGUGUUACUUCCAAACUCUAAAGUUUCUGGUAAACAGAUAAAAUUGGAGACAAUUUGGAUGUAGGUGGGAGUAUAUAUAAUGCAUAAGAUGUCAUUGAAUGUAUAAAUUAGUGAGAGCUGAAAUGUUUCAGAUUAAAAUGUAAUGGAUUAUUUCCUAUUUGAAAGUGUAUUUCACCUAUUUGCUCAGGAAACCCCUUUUUUAACUGGGGCCUUGAGCAGCCUUUCAAGUCAUCUAAGAAAGGUUGAAGGCUCUGUAGUGACAAAAACCUUUAAUACUGAGCUUGCUCACUUUUGUUAGAACCUGAUGUAAAAGCCUUUUUGCUCUGGAUUUCAAAUUCUUGGAAUUGUUCUACCUGCUUAUAAUCAGCCAUAAAACAACAUAGCAUCAUUUGCACUAUAGAACUGGGAUUUUUGCAAGAAAUUGAAAUGAAUGUCUUUUACUAUAUAUCUUACCUACUUACAUGUUCCUCUUAUUACAUCACUACAUACUCUAAUGAAAUAAGUAAACCUUGAUGAGAGUCUAUCACAUCAAGACUCACAAAAUGUGUUUGUACAAAACACAAACACACUACUGGUAUAAAUGUUCAAACUCUCUGUGUGCCAUUGGGUAUCCCACGAAUACUCCUUUAAACUUCAGUCUCAAGGCUCAGAAAUAUAUGUGUAUUCCCAUCUUCAGAGAAAUUUUUUCCUAUACCAAGCUUUUGCACAGUUUCUGUUAGAUGUGUGAUACAGCUGAACACAAUCUAUAUAAUUCUGUUUGCCAUAAAUGAAAAUUGAUACUAUGUAGUAUGUAUUUUAAAAAGUUCAUUUUUGAAACAAAAAGCAGUAUAGGUCUCUAAUGUUAGCUCAAACAAAUCAGUUGUAAAGGAGGCCCCCCAGUUUGUUAAUUUUUUUAACACUUUAGAGUGAGAUCAAAGUGAGGUCAGAGGAAAGGGGGGGAAAGAACACAUGUUGGGGAUACACAAAUCACAGUAGUAUUUAUCUAAAAGUAUUAUUACUAAUAUUUUCAAAUUUUUGUGGGCAUUUGCACUGUAUUUGGACUGUCUCUGCACUUUUUCCUUGUUUCAUCUUCUGAUACCUUCAGGAAAAUAGUGCUGGAGAGGAUAGUGAGUAAAGUAUCCAAACAAGUCAGAAUAGCAAGAAAAGCAAUGGAAAUUACUGGAAGUUAGAGGCAUACAUACUUCUAAUAGAAGCAAAAAUUGCCUAUUCUGGAUUAGGGGAGCACAUUAAUAUGUCAAUGAUAAUGAUAAAUACAUUUAGUCCUGCAUUUCAUUGGCCAGAGGUGUAGAGGACCUUGGUAAGACUAACCAAUCUGCAGGAAGUAGAUUUCACUUGGCUCUUAAAUAAUGCUUACAACUUACAUGGAAAACAAAUAAGGGAACAGUACCCAAAGGAAGUCCUUUUGGCACCAAGAAAACAAAUCAGCUUCAGAUUCAACUGUGUCUUCAACCUCUCCUUUUGAACUUGAAAUUGUAUAUUGGGAUUAUGAAAGAUGUGCUUUCUGCAGUAGACAAAAUGCUUUAACCAAAAACUCAGGUACAUGUAGUUUAUAUUGCAUUCAUUGAAUUAUGAAGGAAAUCAAGCUUCUUUCACCUGGCUAUGAGUCAUAAGGCUGAGAUGACAAUCCUCAUUUUGGAGUACUAAGCUGAAGCCAUCAUAGUGUCAUAGGCAUUUUGAUGAAUGUGUAUUAAAUUGAAAUGUUUCCCAAAUUUUUUGAUUUUCUUCUACAGCUGUUAAAAAACGUUCUUACAGUACAAACAAUGUUUUUGUUAGAGAAAACUUGUUUUCCCUAUUUUUAAGGCUGAAAAAAACUUAGUAUUUUUCUCAACUUUUUGAAUCCUUGAAUCCCAUUUUAGGAAUUCCCCCUAAUUUUUUCUACACUGUGGAAGAUUUCCUUUGUUUUGCAGUGCAUCAAAUUGGCUGAUUAUACAUAUGGUGGAGUGAGUGUUUUCUCCUUGUCUGCAGAUGUCAAACAGGUUUUGAAGCAUGAAUUCAAAACUAGAUGAACUGGGCUUCUCUUUGAUAGAUUACAAUAUGCAAGGGUGUUUGCACACUUGAUAACCAGGUCUUUCCUUAAAGAGCAAAAUAUUGCUCAGAAUAUGAAUUUGAAUCUGCACUGAUAAAUUGCUGCCAUCAGGGUUACAGAAUGUUUCAUCCAUCCAUCCUUGCAUGCUAGCUAGACAAAAAUAAUUCUAAACCAUUUUUUAAGGAAACCCUCCAUGGACAACUAAAGCCAGCAGCAAAAUUUAGACAAUGUUUAACAUCAGAAUAAUGUCUGUAGUGCUUCAUUUUUUUAACAAUGUUACCAUGCCUGCAAUUGUAAGUUUUAAGUAUUCCUUUUAAUGAAUAUGAACUCCAAAUGUGUUGUGUAUGACUAAUCCACAUUAUUUGUAAAGUAAGCAAGCAAAAUCAUGCUGGAUUUGCAGACAAAUUUCUUGUUUAUUAAUCUCAGUUUAGGAAAUAAUAAUAAUCUCACUUUUUUUCAUUCCUUUAUUCUUUCAGUUCAAAUAUUUGUAGAAUGUUGAGAGUUUCUAGUCAAGAGCUACUGAAAGUCAAAUUUGGUCAGGAUAGCUUGAGGAAUUCCUCUUGCAAUGUCAUCAUUUUUGUUAAAUUAAUGCACAGUCGUAAAAAAGCAAGUUCAUAAAAAUUUUUUACACUUUCCAUAAGGAAAACAUCCAGAGUUUUCGCUGAAUGUAACUGAAAAUUUGCAACUAGGUGCUGUUUAAGCAUGUUUAUAUUGUCAAUUCGAUCAUGUAAUUUAUGCAGAAGACUUAAGUAUAUUCCAGUUUCAUAAAAUGUUGUGACUUUAUGAAAGACACCUCUCUGGAUUGUUUAAGUGUUCCUGGAAGGAACGAUAAAUAUCCAUCAAGAGACUGGUGGUGACUUUAAGUAAUGGGUUGUAAUGAUCUAUACUCACCUUUGAAACAUUAGUCGAUGUCUACCAUCUCUGAGCUAAAAAUAUCAGAGCAAAUUGUUUACAUUAUCUUUGAGAUGGUAAUAUUUUUGAAAAGUAUACCAAAUUCUAGCCCCAGUAUUCUUAUUUUAACCCCUUCUCCCUCUUUACGAUGUUGAACUUUGUUUCCUGUAAUUUUUUUAACAUUGAAUUGGGGAAGGGGGCAUUCUAACUUACUUCAAUUUCUUUUGAAAUGUCUUAACUAGUAAGGUAAAGGUAAAGUCUGUAUUUGGGCUCAUUGGCCCCCCAGCUGGAGCUUAUUCAUGUAGCUUGAAGCAACGAGGCGUAUUGCUACUCCCCUCUGGAUGGGAUCCCAGUCCAUCGCAAGCUUACCCCCGGCAUUUCAUCGGGCUUCCCUGAAAAUUCGUUGGCACCCAUCUAUAUUCCAGGGUGGAGAGAAGCACUGCGAGAGUUACGCGUGAAGUUUUUUUUACAUCGCUUGACGCAUGUGACAUAUGAACCUAGUUGCCCAGCUCAAUGGUAGAGCACGAAAAUCCGAAGGUCAGAUUUAAAAUCCUCACGCGGACUUGUGACGAGACGACAAUAAACGUUUCUCCUUAAGGUUCCGUUAAUUAGAAUGAGGAUGGUAUUACCAGAGGGAUUUCUUAAUAGAUCUAGCCCAAAUUUGAUUUUCAGUUGCAGUGGACGCCCUCAACUUGCUUUGAGAUAUUUCAGGAAGAGGAGGUUUGCAAAAUUAGUUAUGGAUUUUUAUUGGCUGAUCUUAAGUGAAAAAAACUAGACUUAGACCCCAUCCUUAGUGAUUAUUAAUGGUAAUAGUUCUCUCUCAUCCCUUUAGUGUUACUUGCGGGAGCUGUUACGUCUCCUAGUUCCUCGAUUUUAUGCGCACUGUAUACUAAAAGACGAUGCCAUGGACAUGUUGUUUUGUCACCGCUGGCUUCUUCUCUCCUUUAAACGAGAAUUCUUCAAUGAAGAAGUUUUGAAAAUGUGGGAAGCUUGUUGGUCUCAUUAUCAAACCAAGUAUUUCCAUAUUUUCUUGUGUGUCGCCAUGCUUCAGGAAUAUGGAGGCCCUGUUGUUGACAAGAAUUUGUCGGCAGAUGAUAUGUUGCAAUUUUUUACGGAUCUCUCCAUGAAGAUGGAUGGAACAAGGGUCUUGCGCAUGGCACGUCAGUCUUUAUUAAAAUUUCGUCAGUUGCCUGGAAUUCCUUGCUCGUUGCGUAGGCUGUUGUCAGGUCCAGGAAUUUGGGACAGUGCUCCUUUGCCAAAGAUUCAGUGUGACUGUCUGAAUAGUUGUGUAUAUUUACACGAUGAAUCAAAGUUGUGUAACUGAGGGAGUUGCCUCUAAAAGAAUGCAAUGUGUGAAAUGAAAGGUCAAGUCCCAGUGGAUUUGCUGGGUAGACUAUUGUAGCCGAUAGUUCACUGGUUUUCAUAAACACAGCCUUGACAUUAUGUGAGAAACAAUAUGUAUGUAAAAUUGUAUCUAUAAAAAUGUUUUUGUUUUUUUGUUUUGUCAGCAAUUUUUUUUAUGUCUGGAUACAGGUAAGUGUUUUGAAGGAGAAGAGGAAAGAAAGGUUUUACUCAAGUUUCAAAUUUGUAUGUCACUAAAGGGCAGUAAUACUCUUUGAAUUGAAAAGUAUACUCAGUGCGUUAGGCCAUGAUCUUUGAGACUUAAGUAAAUGGUUAAAAAAAUUAAAGAAUCAUUGGAUGGUUGCGCUCAAGGAUAGUAGUACCUAUGAGAAAUGUGCUCCCAACGGGGGUUAUGCAUUGAAGGAAAAUUCCUCUAACCACCAAUGUUUCUACUAGUAGAUCAUGUUCACGAUUAUUUCAAAAUGUCUUACUUUAAAGGGAGCAUUUAUUAAUCCUCGUGAUGUUCCUGCCCAGGAGGGGAAAGUCUGGGAAGCCUAUUUAACAUUCCAUUUUAGAGCAGUGUUUGUUGAAAAAAUUGUAAAGACUUAACUAAUAAACAGAGGUGCGGUCACUUCCAGAG